AUAUCCGAAUGACAUUAUUCAAAAAAACCAUCAAAUUUCAUUAUGAUUUCUUCGAACAAUGCCAGUACUGCUGUGCUAUAUAUCAGUGUUGCAUUUCUCCAUCUUUAUCCAUAUUGUCUGUAAAUCACAACAUACAAAUUUGCAAUCCAUGCCGUUUUCUCACUACAACAUAUGCUCUGCUUAGCCACCCUUCACAUCCCGAAAGGCGCGUUUGACAAAAAUCUCUCAUUUCUAAACACACCCCAUCCUCUUCCAUGGCCAGCUACUUCGAUUUCUUCUUUUGUUUUCUUCACUAGUUGCGAAAUGAAUUAGAGAUUUUUUGCAAGAGCUGAUGCUUUCAUGCCUUGCCAGAUGCCUAUUUUGUCAUUGUCAUUUACACAUACACCACCCAUUUUACACCACAUGUUAAGCAGGAUUUCCGCUUUACGUUAAUCUUGGCUUUUUAUACCAUAUACUAUCAAGUUCAGCACGGAUUUUGACACCAAAUCAGAGUUUUACUAUACUACUUUCUUUUGCGUUAGAGCCUGGUACUUCAUUGUCAAGAAGACAAGAAUUGAGCAUGGUCAUGCGAGCUAUUGUUGACUCCGAAUGACGAAGAACCCCAUAAUAUUUUCUUGUUAGGAUCUUAAGAUUUUAUUCAAAAAAAUUACCUUAGAAUUUAUAGAGAGAGUUUGAUUGCUUUGACUAGCGAGGUUGUGGUAAGUUGGGAUUUUAGUUGUAUUGUCAUUAAUGACUCAAUUGAAGUUUUUCGAUUUCAAAUCAGCAUCGCUGUCUGAGAAAGCAGCUCUCAUGGGAAGGGCAGGAUCAAGCCCGUUUUCGAGUCUCGGGCAUUCAGUUGGUGUUAGAUUUUCUCAAGAGCUCAGUUCUUGCAGAGGUUCAGGAGUAUUUACGAAGGCAUCUUAUUCGAGCAGUUCAAAUGGUACAUAUAUGUCAAAGAGGGCUUUAAGCUCAGUUGACAAAGAAAAAUUUGCAGCGGAGAAUUACUUCUAUCAGAUUAAUGGAACAAGUGUUUCUAGUUCAAGUCUGUUUUCCAGAAAUGUGAAAGCACUUGAUGCCUGCGAUGAUGAGUAUGGGGGAGUUGUUGUCGAUCCAGAUAGGCUACCGGUUAAUCCAGAUGCCUUUGCUUCAAUGCUCCGUUUUUCCCUCUCUCAUUGGAAAAUGAAGGGAAAGAAGGGAAUUUGGCUUAAGUUGCCCCUGGAACGAUCAGAGCUUGUUCCAGUUGCUGUGAAGGAAGGUUUCCAGUAUCACCACGCAGAACGAGGAUAUGUGAUGUUGACUUACUGGAUUCCUGAAGGACCUUGUAUGCUUCCCACUAAUGCUACACAUCAAGUAGGUGUUGGGGGAUUUGUGAUCAAUGACAAAAACGAGGUUCUUGUAGUUCAAGAGAAAUUCUAUGCUCCAUCAUUUGCUGAUCUUUGGAAAAUACCGACUGGUUUUAUUCUCGAGUCAGAAGAGAUUUACUCUGGAGCUGUAAGAGAAGUCAAGGAGGAAACUGGUGUUGAUACUGAGUUUGUGGAAGUUAUAGCAUUCAGGCAUGCUCACAAUUUGGCUUUCGACAAGUCAGACUUGUUCUUUGUUUGUAUGCUGAAACCCUUGUCAGCCCAGAUAAAGGUUGAUGAUCUUGAAAUCCAAGCAGCCAAAUGGAUGCCCCUUGUUGAGUUUGUGGCGCAGCCGCUAAUCCAAGAAGAUGGCAUGUUCAAGAAGAUCAUUGACAUUUGCAUUGCCCGCCUAGGGAAACAUUACUGUGGACUAUUACCUCAUCAAGUAGUUUCCAAAUUUGAUGGCAGGCCUUCCUGCCUGUACUACAACGUAAUCGACGAUCAAGAUGUCAACUGCAAAGGCAAUUGAAGCUAUCCAAGAACUAUUUCACAAUCUUAACAUCCCUCGCCUGUUGUUUCCUGGAAUGCGUCUGGUAUUUUCCCCUUUGAAGAACGCGACGAUAACAGCAACAGUGCAAGCAUACGAGGCUUGACAAGCUAAAGACCAAGUAAAUAUAUGUUCUUCUUGAAGAAUGCGGUUCUUGUAAAUGAGUGACAGCACCAAUUCUUCUGUUACUCUUAUUGAUUUUACAUAUUUCUUCCGGAAGUUACUAAUUUGUUCGUUGUGGCAUUAAUAUUACAAGCUGCCUUCGUAUCCA